CUUUCCCCGCCAACUUGAUGGCGAAGUUCCUGCGCGUAAAAGACGCAUCAACUGGAGAAGUUGUGAUCGCGCGUCACUCCGCUUCAGGACGUUGGGAGUCUUCCAGCGAAGUUUUGUGAGAGUGAGAAGAGUCUUGCGCUCGGUCCAGUUCAGCAGGAAGAUGCCUCGCCCGGGGAGGAACACAUACAGCGACCAAAAGCCUCCGUACUCGUACAUCUCUCUGACAGCCAUGGCGAUCCAGAGCUGCCCGGAGAAGAUGCUCCCCCUCAGCGACAUCUACAAGUUCAUCAUGGACCGCUUCCCGUAUUACCGGGAGAACACGCAGCGUUGGCAGAACUCCCUGCGCCACAACCUGUCCUUCAAUGACUGCUUCAUCAAGAUCCCGCGCAGGCCGGACCAGCCCGGGAAGGGCAGUUUUUGGGCGCUUCACCCGAGCUGCGGGGACAUGUUCGAGAACGGGAGUUUCCUACGGCGCAGGAAGCGCUUCAAAGUGGGCGGCGUGCAGAGCGCGGACCAGCUGGUGUCCAGCAAGCAGCAGGACGCGGCUCACUACCUGCAGCAGCAGGCCAAGUUGCGGCUGAGCGCGCUCCACGCGGCCGCGCACCUGCCGCCCAUGACUUCCAGCUACAACCUGAGCUCCGUGUCGCAGCCGUCCGGGUUCAAACACCCGUUUGCCAUCGAGAACAUCAUCGCCAGAGAGUACAAGAUGCCGGGCGGGUUGGCGGCGUUCUCCAGCGCUGGUUACCCGCUCCACAAUCAGCUGGCCCCGGCUUGGCCGCACGUGUACAGCGCCGGGAUGAUGGACCCCGCCGCGCCCCUCUCCAUGACCGCCGGAGACUACACGCACUACGGCAUGCCGCUCAAGUCCCUCUGCCACGGAGCGCAGACUUUACCCGCCAUCCCCGUGCCAAUCAAACCCACGCCCGCGUCGGUGGCGGGUCUGCCGGGACUCCCGUCACACAUCCCGGCCUUUCUGGCGAACUCUCCUCGGUCUUUGAGCCCCACAUCCCCACAGACCGCCACCGGCCAGAGCAGCCCCGUCGGUCCCGAGGUGAUGCCCUCGUCGGCCUCUUCCACGCUGCACUCUGCGGUGGCGGUGCACUGAACGACUCUCUUUUCCCCCUUUUUAUAUUUUUAAAAAGAAAGACGGAUCAAAAUGGGAAAAUUCCAUCGAUUCCAAAGGUUUAUCGUUAUAAAAAAAAAAAAAAAUCAAAUAUUUCAGCCAAUGAAGAAGCUCAGACUGCGGACACUUCAACAGGUUCCAAAUUAAAGUUUCUUUUCAAAUCGCGACUAUUGAUUUCUGGCAGACAAGCUGGUUUCCAUUUAAUAAGAAUUCGAGCUCAUUUAUGAAACAAAUUUAUCAGUAUUUGUCCAAUCAUUUGGAAUUUUGUAGACGGAAAAUACACGUUGUCGUUGAUUAGAAAUGUAAAAAGAAAUCACGCGUAGUUAAAAACGAGUCAUGGACGCCAGUAUAAGAGACGUGUAAUUAAUAAAAUUACUUUGACUUAAAAAAAAUACUUAAAAAAAAUAGAUCCGAUGCCUCUCGAAGUUUUUUUUUCUUCUUUUCGGUCACUAACUGUAUAAACCAUUCAAUCAAUCAGACAAGAAAAUGAACCAUUUAAAGACAGGACUAUAUUUAUGUCACUGAAUUUCAAUAACAGAUAUAUGAGCGCAUUUGUUAUUUCUCAAAGAGCAACAUUCUUUUUUUUUUACAAGUCUCCGUUAUCUUGUAUAUUUGCAAGGGGAAAUACAAAAAACAACAGUAAGCCAAUCUUUAACAAAACGAUCUGUUUGUUGCAGUUUAAACAGCGAACGACCUGUUGAAUGUCCAAUGACAAAAAUGGAUCGAAUAUUGAGAUUGGGUUGCGUUGCGCCAACGACUUUUCUCCAAAGCUGUCCGAAUCUGAGCCUGACAAAUUCCCCCACUUCUUUUGUGUUUGUCGUCUUUUCUCCUGCGCUGAAAGGAAACACUUCAGAUUAAUGACUUUUUAAGAAUUUCUUUUCUCUCCCCCACACUCACUCUUGGCCUCUGAUGUCUCGGUUUUUUUUUCAGCAACAGUAAACGAUCUUCGACUUGCAGGGUCCAACACAACUGAAAUGCGAAAUUAGCAUUCGAACAACCAAAUAAAAAAUCUUGUUUUUUUUUUUUUCUUUCUUGAUGAGAACAAUCGCUGAUGUAACACAACUUGAAAGCAUAUAUUUAUGUCAGACGGUGUGCACAAAAUAGCUGGAGAUGUUUUUACCGUGAACACAACCAUCGACUAUCUCUGAUGCACUU